CCGAGUUUGCUCACCGGGAGCCCGACCGGCCUUGCACCUCUCGAAACGAAACAGAGAGGAGUACGCUACAGAUCCCCCACUGACAAUUCACCUGGAGAAUUGUACAUGGAAUGGGGAAAGCUCUUGCAUACGGAGUACGGAGAACAUAUGAACGGACGAAGAGCUACAGAGUAGUAUUUCCCUGCUAUUGCAUUGCAUCUCCCGCCACAGUACGAAGUACGCAUACGGGGUACGGCUCUCGUGCCAGAUGGCUGGAGGUCUCCUCGUUGCCAUCAGAAAUCAGCUUAUCCCAGCCUCAAUAUCUCAAUAGAUGGAAUAGAACAAAAGGUGAAAAAAGGAAAAGCGAAGACGUUCGGCAAAAAGCAAGACCCCGCUUGGCUUGCCAAACCAGCCAACCGUUGCGAUCCAAGUCAGUGCGUGUCUGUGUUUGUGUGUGUCUAUCAUUGUUAUUCUUGGUCAUGGCUGUUCGGCCAUCGGCACUCUUGACCGCUUGUCAUUCAUCAUCGGGCAGUGUCUUCGUCAGCCUUGGGGCGGCGAGUCAGUUGCAUCCGUCAGUUGAAUGGACGGGUUGAAGGAUGAUGGUUUGGGGGCCGGGAGCCUGGUCUGGUGUUUUGUUUAUCCUGGAUCAUGGGUCCAAUUCCUUUUUGCUCUUGCAGUUCCUGGUGGCUACGAGAGUAUGUACUCCAUACUCCAUACUCCAUACUUCGUACAGUUCAUGCCCAAGUUUUGUUUCGGAGGACUGGGAUUGACAGAUCUGCGCUGUUGUUGCUCUCUUGGACGACUUUCGCGAUAUAUCCUUCCUGCGUAUUCUGUAAUUUGCGUAUUACGAUUACGACCGGAGAAUAAACAUCGAUUUUGACCAUCACUCACUAAAGAAAGCCUUUAUGAC